ACGGCCAGCCCGUGGGCCUUGAAUCUUAUCUGUUGGUUGGCGUGAGUCCGCGACUCAGUGACCCUCCAGUCCUCCCGACCUCCUGGACGCUCAGGCCCAGGGACUCGGAGCCAUGCGGCAGGCCGGAGCCGCCGUGAUCCUCGCCCUCCUCCUCGCGCCCGGAUCUCCAGGCCAGAGGCAGAGGAAGCGUCCCCAGCCCAAGGCUCCCCUGGACGACGUCCGAGGGCAGGACCCCUUCGACCUUCAACAGUUCACAGGGACUUGGUUCCUGGUCGGCAUGGCCUCCGAAUGCGGCUACCUGAGGGACCACAGCCAUCAGCUGGAGGCCACAGCCCUGCACGCGGAGGCCGUGGACCGGUCUUUGGCCUUCGGCACCUUCCGUAAACUCGACGGGAUCUGCUGGAACGUUAAACAGUGGUACGGCCCGACGAAGACCAACGCGAGGUUCCUCCUGAGAGGCCGCGGCUCCGGUGGCUCCGUGGACCUCGUGGUGGGAGAGACGGAUUACUCCCAGUACGCCAUCCUGUACUUCCAGAAGCAGAGGAGACUCUCCAUCAAGCUGUAUGUCCGGGCAGUCCCCGCCAGUGACCAAGUCCUCAGCAGGUUCGAGCAGCGGGUUCUGGAUGCCAAACUGAGUGAAGACGUCACUUACUACUUCCCCACUUACGGCUUCUGCGAUUCCGCGGACGAAUUCCACGUUCUUGAUGAACGGAGAGGCUGACCGGGAGAGAGAAGGUUGGGAGUUCUGGCCACGACGGACAACGAAGGCUCCAAGAAGCAAGGUGUCAGCAUCCGCCUAAUUCUUCAUCCCCGACUCCGUCCCCGCUACCCACCCUGUUGUAUCGUCCUCUCCCAAUCGCCCAGUUCAGUGCUCUGCACACGGGUAGUGCUCAAUAAAUAAUUAUAA